UCUUUUUAUAACGAUACCCUCUCUCUUUCAGACAGGAGCGCAUAGAAUUCAAGAAAUGGUUCUUACUACAAUGGUUCCUUCUAUGCAAGAAGCUGUCUUGUCUACUCCCUUAUUAUUAUCUGCUUCAGCAAGUAGCAGGAGCAUUAGCAGCACAAGCAGUGAAGUUGAUGAUAGCCCACCCGCAUCGCAUCGUUUUGAGCUUCAAGAUGUCACCAAAUAUGAAUUUCCAUGCAAAACAUUAUGUGGGUUUUCAUGUAAAUCAUUGGCAGUGCUGUCCGGGCAUAUUGGUUCGGUUUCUUGCUUGGCCUUAUGUGGGGAAUUCAUCUUAAGUGCAUCACAAGGCAAGGAUAUUAUAGUGUGGCAACAGCCUGACUUGAGGCAGUUCACAAAGUUUGGCCAAGGUGAUGGCUCGGUGAAAGCGUUUGUGACUGUAGGCAACAAGGUUUUCACUGCACAUCAAGAUAGUAGGAUCAGAGUAUGGAAGGUGUCAAGAAGCUCAGAGAAUGUGUUUAAGCUUGUCGACACACUUCCUACUACUAAGGACUAUUUGGGGAAGUUCAUGAAGCAAAGCAAUUAUGUCCAAACCCGUCGGCAUCAUAAGCGUUUAUGGAUUGAACACGCGGAUAGUAUUUCUUGUUUGACCGUCUGUAAUGGGUUGAUUUAUUCAGGUUCAUGGGAUAAGACCCUUAAGGUGUGGAGGGUAUCUGAUUUGAAGUGUUUGGAAUCAAUUAAGGCCCAUGAUGAUGCUAUCAAUAGUUUAGUAGCUAGCAAGGGAGUAGUCUAUUCAGCAUCUGCAGAUGGGAAGAUUAAGGCUUGGCGAAAAGAAGGGAAGACCUCUCAUUCGUUACAGGGAAUUUUGGAGGGUCAUAAGGAUGUUUCGUUGAAUACAGUUGUCGUUUCUGAGGACGGAAAGUGGGUCUAUGGAGCAGGUUCAGAUGGGUUUGUUAUGGGGUGGGAAGGGAAUAGUGAUUUUGUUAGUUGGAAAUUGGUGAGUGAGACAAAAGCACACCAUAUGGCUAUUUUAUGUAUGAGCCUGAUGGGCGAGUUUUUGUGCAGUGGCUCAGCUGAUAAAACCAUUGGUAUUUGGAAGCGAGAGGCUUAUGGUAAACUUUGUAAAGUUGGGAUCAUAAAUGGCCAUGAAGGGGCAGUCAAGUGUUUGCAGGCAUCACCCUGUAAUGUUGGUUGUGGUUUCUUGCUCUAUAGUGGAGGCCUUGACAAAUCUAUAAGGGUGUGGUGGGUGCCGAUGAACUCUGCUAAUAACAAGGAUACCUCUACAGCAGCAGAUAACACAGAUCAGAAAUCUAUUGCCUUGUAUUAGGAAUAUUUUCAUCAAUGUUUUUGUGGGUGGUGAAGCACUGCUUCCUUUUUAUUUCUCUGUAGUGCUUCCGCGGUCAUUUGUUCGUUUAGUUUUGAUUCAGGCUGUGAACAUUUAUUGAAGCUUUUAGGAGAUCUUGAGGUUGGUUUUUGGGGUUCAGGUCAUAGUGUGCAGUUACUUAGGAUAAAAUUCUUCAGAGUGGUGUGAUCAAUUUUUCUAUUUUAUUAUUGGUUCUUUUUCCUGGGUUGUCAUUCACUUUUCUGGAUUCUUGUAAAAUGUAAUUAUUGGUUUGAGGGAAAAAUUCAAGCUAUACAAUAAUUUGCAUUUUUUUUU